AUUUCUUCUCGAGUACUCUGUCAUCAACUCAGAAUCUCAACCAUCACAAACUCGAAAAAUAUUGACCACUCUGAUCAUCUACGACAAAAUGGGCGAACCAAUCCCUACACGAGCCAAAAGUUUCAACACUGAGUUUACGGAUUACUCCAUCUCUCACGCCGAAAAGACUGGCCCCUAUGCUGACAACCUCGAAGUUGAUGCCCUGGUUGUUGGUGCUGGCUUCGGUACCACCAAUAUCCCCUCAUUUAUCCACAUCUUCAACCACCUUGCUUUACCAUCAUUUGUCGAUUCGACCUUGCUAUUGUGGCGGGCGAUCUAGGACUUUGGGGCUAGCUGGUCGCUAGCAGGGAUGUAAUGGGGGAUAAGUAGGGGAGGAAGCUGCUCACAGAGGACGGGAUCAUCACCUUCUUUACAUAGAAUCUUUCCUUGAGUCAGAGAGACAGCAAGCCUGACAAGCUUAUUGUCUCUGAGAAGGAAGAUCUUUGCCUUUGAAUUUUAAGAGAUUUUUAU